AUGGAGCCAAGGGCGGCCCAACUGCGGAGGAGAGAAGGGCUAGGAGGAGAGCAGGAGGACCAGCCCUCCAGAGAAGGAAACAGUGAGACACAUAGAGGCCCAGAUUUGCUACAAUGGACCCGACAUAUGCAGGCUGUGAAGACGCAGUUGCUGGAGCAAGCACAAGGUCAGCUGACGGAGCUGCUGGAUCAGGCCAUGUGCGAGGCUAUUCAAGCCUACCCACCACAAAACAGACCAGUGUCCUCCAUCCCUCCAGAUUCCUUGCGCAAGACCCGGGAGCCAUCCCUGGGGAAACGGAAAGUUUUCAUCAACCGCAAGUCCCUGCUUGACGAGCUGACGGAGGUGCAGCAUUUCCGCACCAUCUACCACAUGUUUGUCGCCGGCCUGUGUGUCUUCAUCAUCAGCACCCUGGCCAUCGACUUCAUUGAUGAGGGCAGGCUGAUGCUGGAGUUUGACCUACUGAUCUUCAGCUUUGGACAGCUGCCCUUGGCGCUGGUAACGUGGGUCCCCAUGUUCCUGUCCACUCUGCUGGUGCCCUACCAGGCUCUGCGGCUGUGGGCGAGGCCCCAGUCCAGAGCGGCCUGGACGCUGCGGGUGGGCCUGGGCUGCAUGAUGCUGGCCGGUCACACAGCAGUGCUCAGCAUCCUUCCGGUCCAUGUAGCAGUGGAGUAUCAGCUCCCGCCAGCCUCCCGCUGUGUCCUAGUCUUUGAGCAGGUCAGGCUCCUGAUGAAAAGCUACUCCUUCCUGAGAGAGAUUGUGCCUGGGACACUUCGGGCCAGAGGAGGUGAGGGGAUCCGGGCCCCCAGUUUCUCCAGCUACCUCUAUUUCCUCUUCUGCCCCACACUCAUCUACAGGGAGACUUACCCCAGGACACCCAACGUCAGGUGGAAUUAUGUGGCCAAGAACUUUGCCCAGGCCCUGGGCUGCGUGCUCUAUGCCUGUUUCAUCCUGGGCCGCCUCUGUGUUCCUGUCUUUGCCAACAUGAGCAGGGAGCCCUUCAGCACCCGUGCCCUGGUGCUCUCCAUCAUGCACGCCACCUUGCCAGGCAUUUUCAUGCUGUUGCUGAUCUUCUUUGCCUUCCUUCACUGCUGGCUCAACGCCUUCGCAGAGAUGCUACGAUUUGGAGACAGAAUGUUCUAUCGGGACUGGUGGAACUCGACGUCCUUCUCCAACUACUACCGCACUUGGAACGUGGUGGUCCAUGACUGGCUGUACAGCUACGUAUAUCAGGAUGGGCUGUGGCUCCUUGGUGGCCGGGCCCGAGGGGCAGCCAUGCUGGGCGUGUUCCUGGUCUCUGCAGUGGUCCACGAGUACAUCAUCUGCUUCGUCCUGGGAUUCUUCUACCCUGUCAUGCUGUUGCUCUUCCUUGUCAUUGGAGGGCCACUGAACUUCAUGAUGCAUGACCGGCACACGGGACCAGCGUGGAACGUGCUCAUGUGGACCAUGCUCUUUCUGGGCCAGGGCAUCCACGUCAGCCUGUACUGCCAGGAGUGGUAUGCACGGCGCCACUGCCCCCUGCCCCAGACAUCCUUCUGGGGGCUGGUGACACCUCGAUCUUGGUCCUGCCAUACCUAG